UUUUUUAGAAAUGUCCGACGGACGAACAGUGGGUCGCGGCUGUAGUGACGUUUAUUAAUAUUUUUAUUAGAAAAUAUACAAAUUAGAACGUUAAUUGUUGCAUGAACUUUGUGUCCUAAAGUAGAUGAAGUGAUUUGCGAUAAAGUUUUGUUGAAAACCGAUAAUACCGUAAAGAUUACUGUAUAACCUCUUCGGCUGGACAAUCUAUAAUCUUUCUCGUAAUUGAAGCUAAAAAUUCUUUAGCUCCCGAUAAAUGAAAGUGUUGUUUACAUUCCGUGAAGUGUAUGGUGUGCGAAUCCUACGCGUUGUGUGUACGAAUCUGUCGUUGAGCAGUUACGUGUAACAAAAAUGUGUAAACGAAAAGCUUUGUGUUUAAAAUGAGUGUAAAUUCGUGUAAUCCAAUUACAAAGUGUAUUUGUUGUAUUUGUGUUGGAAUGUUGCCGUAGGAGUGAAAUGUCCAGGCUCGUCGACUACUUCGUUAUUGUGGGUUUCGACCACGAAAAGGAGAGGGGCGGUCUGAACAGCGGCGUUGUCCUUCAACGGUUUCCCGAGAUCAACUGGGACGACACACCCUUCCACGACGGUAUAGGAUGGUUCUGCCAACCGCAAGGAUGGGCGCUUUCGACGGAACGGACGGAACCUCGGUUCUACGUGUCCGUUCUGACAGAUGUGGACGCCAACCGUCAUUACUGCGCCUGCCUGUGCUUCAACGAGACCGUCGCCAUUACACCCACCAAGCCUGCAGACGAGGACGAAGAGUCAUUAGAAUCGACACGUCCAGUUCCGAACAUCACCCACCACAGCAUCAUGUACGCUCCCAAAUGCCUCGUCAUCGUCUCGAGGCAGGACUACAUCGAUACCUUCAGGAACUGCUUAGGCAUAAUCUACACAGUAUGGGUGGAGAACUUGGGCGUGCCGUUAGAGACGUUGGUCGGUAACUUGGUGGGCGGCGUGCUGGUGCCAGACCCUGGCGGGCCGCAGGUGCGGUUCAGCAUCGGAGCUGGUGACCGCCAGGCUCUGCAACCCCCGGCCGCGCCGCCCAUGCCAGUUACACACACCGCUGUCUAUAUGCUGCUCAGGUUGCUUGGUAUCCACAACUCGGUAACGCUAUGGUGCGCAGUGAUGAGUGAGCACAAAGUUCUCCUGGUGUCCUUAGCAGCGGCUCGAUUAGCGGCCGCUUGCAGAGCCCUAGCAGCGCUCAUGUUCCCAUUCAGAUACGCCCACGUUUACAUACCCCUACUACCAGCUGGUCUAGCCGAAGUACUAGCAACACCGACGCCGUUUCUUAUUGGAGUCCAUUCCAGUUUGAAAGAGGAGGUUUCGGAAUUGUUGGACGUUAUAGUAGCAGAUUUAGACGUAGGCUCUCUACACAUACCGGCCGGUGUGAACAUCCCCCGUCCAGAAGGCAAGCUGCUCUCCUCGCUCCAGGAAGCCCUGGCGCUUGUUCUGCAGCCAGAACUUCGGUCCGCAGACUCGGCCUUCGCCCCACCACCACCGGCCUCAUCCCCACCACAUAUGCUUGAUAAGGAGAUCAGGGCUGUGUUCAUGAGGACUUUAGCGAAACUGCUUCAGGGAUAUAGACACUGUCUAACCAUAAUCCGCAUCCACCCAUCGCCUGUGCUGACAUUCCACAAGAUGGGCUUCCUGGGAGCUCGUGGCCUGUCCCAGUGUCAGUUCGCGGUGCGCCUGCUAGACUCCAUGUUCUUCAACGGUCUUGUAGCAGAGAGAGGUCCUCCUUGGAGGGCCACGGAUAUAUGGGAUGAACUUGUACAAAACCUUCCGGAACAAGUUCGGUUAGAGUCACUAAACCCUGAACUAGAGUUGCAGCAUAUACAAGACCUGGCUAUGCAGUUACAUCUCAAUGAAAAUCCCAACCCACAGGCGUUCCAGCAGCGCAUACUCCGUCCACCAGAGGGCGCGUCCUCCCGCAUCCACCAACCUCCACUACCAGCUUUAGACGCAGCGCGCGUCAGGGAAGUUAUGAGGGAGGUCGCCCAAAGGAGUGCCUCUAAUCCUAAACUGUCAGCUCUCCGACCAGUACAGUCCCGAAUCGUGGCACCCGGCGCGCCUCCUACCGGGGCUGCGGACUAUGGACAUCUACUACUCACUAACUCUGCUAGGCGGCUUGAGGUGUUACGGUCAUGUAUCGCGGCGAUAUUCGAGUGUCGGUACGCGGACGCGCGCAAGUCGCUGCCGGGCGUGGUCCGCGCGCUGCGGGCGGCGGGGGCGCGCGCCGCGCUGGUGCGGGACCUGGCCGCGCGACUGCCCAGCAACAAGCAUCUGCUGCACCACCACCAGUUCGAGCUCGUCGUCCGAUUAAUGAACUGCGCUCUACAGUCGGCGACGGCUUUAGAUGAGCACACAAUCGCGGCGGCCAUGCUGCCUCUCGCCACUGCAUACUGCAGAAAACUCUGCACCGGAGUCAUUCAAUACGCUUAUAUGUGCAUACAGGAACACCAAGUGUGGACAAGCCAGCAGUUUUGGGAGGCGGCGUUCUACCAAGACGUGCAGAGAGAUAUCAAAGCUCUGUAUCUGCCUAACCCCACACACCAUCAGAGAGUGCCAAGUCCUAGGGAUGACGAGGAAUACAUAUCGCUGCUGAAGGCACAGGAGCCCAGCGCAUUGGAGAUUGCAGCCGAACAGAUGAGGCUGUGGCCAAGUUUGGCUCCAGAGAAACAACGAGAACUAAUAGCUAGCGAAGAGUCGACGUUGUACAGUCAGGCGAUACACUACGCGAACAGAAUGGUAUACCUACUUCUGCCGCUAGAGGGCGCCGGCAGACGCGCUGACGUCAGAGGCGACGACGCUGAUAGAGCUAGCAAUAGUAUAACUAAUAGUGUGGCGGAAUCGGACAGCGUGGACGCUGAGUCCGGGUUCGAGGAAGCAGACCCGGGCGAGGCUGGGAAUAACGUUAUCAAAAUGGUUUCCCGAUUUGUUGAUAAGGUUUGUACGGAAGGGGGUGUGACAGCGGAACACGUUCGCUGCUUACACCAGAUGAUACCGGGAGUCGUGCAUAUGCAUCUAGAGACGUUGGACGCAGUCGCUAGGGAGAGUAGAAGAUUACCACCCGUCCAAAAGCCACGUAUAGUAGCCCCAGCGCUGGUUCCCGGCGAGACGGUGACCGUCCCCGCGUUACGCGCCUACCUCGUCAGUGACGGCCGUAACACCGCGCUACUGCCGGCAGAGGGCGCUCUGUUCCUCACUAACUACAGACUUAUAUUCAAGGGCACACCUACUGAUCCAUACGCAUGCGAGCAGACAGUGGUCCGAUCAUUCCCGUUGUGUUCGUUGACGCGAGAGAAGCAAGUACGCACGCACUACCUGCCUCACUUAGAGCAGUCGCUACAGGAGGGCUUGCAGCUUAGGUCCGCUACAUUCCAGUUGAUCAAGGUGGCCCUGGACGAGGAGGUGAGCAGCGAGGCGGUGGAGUCGUUCCGCAAGCAGGUGUGUCGACUGCGGCAUCCAGACCACGUACUGCUGCACUUCGCGCUCGCGCCGCGCUCCGCCCCGCCCGCGCCCCACCACAUGCCCAAACAUCACACGCUCAAAGGCUUUGCAAAGAAGACCCUCCUGAAGACAGCUCGCCGCGCCGGGCUGAAGCCGAAGCCGUCGAAGCGGCAGAAGUACGUCCUGCCGUCGGCGGACGCGCGCUCGCUGACGUCCCCGCCGCUCAUGUCCUCGCUGUCCGCAGACACGCUGUCCUUGGAAGAGUUAGAGCUGGGUGCGCUAGAGGGCGCGGACCGGGGCGCGUCUGCGGCGCGUACGCUGGAGCGACUGCGCGAGCGCCGCUACGCGCGCGACUGGCAGCGACUAGGGCUCGCGCAUGCGCCCUUCCGACUCGCGCACGCCAACGCCGUCUACACGCUCUGCAGGAGUUACCCAGCCGUGAUACCAGUACCGGAGAGCUUUGGCGACGACUCGUUGCGCAGAGUGUCGAGGUGUUACAGGCAGGGACGGUUGCCCGUCAUCACAUGGAGACAUCCACGGACACACGCGUUAUUGGCCAGAUCGGCAGCCCCCCACCAUAAAGGAGUCAUGGGAAUGUUGAAAGCGAGUCACCAAACUCCCGGCAACGCGCAGAGCGGCACCGAAACGACGUCCAGCUUAGAACAGGAACGGUACCUAGCAACGUUGGUUGCUUGCACGCCAGCGUCGCGCGGUGACCUGGAAGACUCAAGUUUGAGUCUCGACUCGUUGCUCCUCUGCUGUGAGGACCAGCGAGAGGCUACACACACCCCGUUACUGACGAAAGCUGCGGGAACACUUGGCGUGUUGGGUCGCAACAGCGGCGGCAAGGGCGGCGCGGGCGGGGCGCGACACUUCGGCCGCUGGGGGUCCCUCAAGGACCGCCGCCAGCCCUCACAUCUCGACCUCUACGCGCCCCGACAGAGGCUCUCCACCGCUGACGCAGACUCCGUAUGCGGCGAGGGCGGGGGCGGCGGCGCAGGACGGCGCGCGUCCCUGUACGUGGUGUGCGAGAAGGGCGGGGCGCAGCCCUGCUGCGCGGGCGCAGAGCUGGUGCCGGCCGAGUACCCCGACGCGCGCGCCACCAAGCACGCCUUCAAGAAGCUCAUGCGCGCCGCCGUGCCCUCCGCGCCCCCCGCGCCCGACCAUCCAGGCUUCCUCAGGUUGAUAGAAGAGUCAGGUUGGCUAUGGCAGCUGAGACAGUUGUUCCAGCUGUCGGGUGCAGUGGUAGACCUGCUGGACCUGCAGGGGUCCUCCGUGCUACUAUCCUUGGAGGACGGCUGGGAUGCCACUGCGCAGAUAUCGUCUUUAGCACAGAUCUGUUUGGAGCCAUACUACCGCACGCUUGAAGGGUUCCGAAUCCUAGUGGAAAAGGAGUGGCUGGCCCUGGGCCACAAGUUCCAGCAGAGGUCCAACAUUGGAGCCACGCCCCAGCAAGGGUUCACGCCUACCUUCCUCAUGUUCUUGGAUGCUGUGCAUCAGUUGCAAAAACAGUUUCCCCUCGCCUUCGAGUUCAACGAGUACUACUUACGCUUCGUGGCGUACCACUGCGUGUCGUGCAGGUUCCGAUCCUUCCUGCUGGACAACGAGGCACAGAGGGCAGAUCUAGGCAUUACUGCCGCGGAUGAUAAGCGGGCUGAUACUAAUAGAAUGGUGUACCUUUACGAGGCCGGUGGAGAAGCGGGCGCGGGGUCGGAGGAGGAGUGCGCCGGAGGGUCUUCGGGCCCCCGGGCCCCCACACUCGGACACUCACUCUUCGACUACAUCGACAGACACCAUCAAAAGUCACCCAUCUUCUACAACUUCUUGUACACGCCCGACUUGGAUAAUCCUGUCCUCCGUCCAGUAUCGUCAAUAAGUGCCCUGGAGGUCUGGCAGUACUACACAAGCGAGGAACUGUCCCACGGCGCGCCCUACGACCUCGAAGUCCUCGCGCCCUCGGAGCCCGAGCCACGCACUCCUCAACGCAGGGUCGUUACUGCCGGUUACGACAGCAUAGCCCGCUGUAUGCCGGACUCGUUCACGGGCCUGCUGGAGAGGAUCCGCCAGCUGGAGCUGGAACUGGGCCACCUGCCGCAGAAGUGGCGCGUGCGCUGGGACCAACUCGAACUGCCCAAUACACUCGAGCUACAGCGCAACUCGUCGAUGUCGUCGGGCGUGGUCCGUCGCGCGACGCUGGCGGUGCACAAGCGCGGCACGCUGGAGGUACUGGUGCGGGGCCGGCUGGCGGCCGCGCCCCCCGCGCCCCCCGCGCCCCCCGCCCCCGCCCACCGCUGGGCGCCCGCCGCCGCCGCCGCCCCCGCGCGCUGCGACCACUGCCAGGACCUGCUCUGGGGACCCCUCAAGACGGGCGUGCGCUGCGUGGACUGCGGCGCGUCGUGCCACGAGCGCUGCGCGGAGGCCUGGGCGCCGCCCUGCACCAAGUACAAGGCGCCGCCCCCGCCCGACGACACGCUCUGCGCCCCGCUCUCUGCUGGAGUGUCGACCCUGCAGUCGUCGUCGCAACAGUACUACGAGCAGUUCUCGUCGAACGUGGCGGAGAACAGGACGCACGAGGGACAUCUGUACAAGCGGGGCGCGUUACUCAAGGGGUGGAAGCAACGUUGGUUCGUGCUGGACUCCAUUAAGCAUCAGCUGAGAUACUAUGACGCGAUGGAAGACUCGCAUUGCAAAGGAUUCAUUGAUCUCGCAGAGGUGAUAACAGUGACGCAGGCGUCGCCCGCGCCUGGACCGCCCAAGAAAUGUGACGAUAGAUCCUUCUUUGAUUUACGCACAAGCAGACGUACGUACAACUUCUGCGCUAGUGACGCGAACGCUGCGCAGGAGUGGAUCGAGAAAUUGCAGGCGUGUUUGCAGUGAACACUAGCGACGUACCACGGUAUUCAAACAUCGAUAUAUAUCGAGUGGUCACGCUCGCCAGCUGAGGUAUAUCUGUCCAUAGAUAUAGCGGCAGUACUAAUCGAAUGACGCGACUCGAUUCAGAGUUAUCGAUAUCGAGACGAAUCGAUUGUUGAUAAAAAUCGUUUUAAUACAAAACUCGAUAUAAAUGUUAUAACAAGACUAUUAUUUUUUGUUUUUAUAUUAUUUACAAGUUAAUUUAAAUGAAUAUUAGUCUGGUUGUUCUUGGCCGGUCUUAGGACGGGCCUAUGUUCGGCCGGAAACGUUGAGCAUUGACAUUAGUUAAUUUAAUUUAUAGAGUUUAUAGUUUUGUCCCGCGGGGGGUAGGCAGAAGGCUUUGUAAUGUUAAAAAUGGAUGUAUAGGGCUAUGAUCUCGAUGCGGUAUGGAUAUUAACUACAUGGAUUGUUUUUGUGAGGAUUCUUUUCUAUUGGAAAUGUUUAAAAAUUAUAAAUAAAAUAUACACUCGUAAUAUAAAAUGUUGCAGAUGUUAUUAAGGAUCCCAUCAUCAUAACCGUGACUUCUAUUAUGUAGAAAAAAUCUUAUACAAUUUUGUUCCAGGCCAAAUGGCAAAUUAAAAAAGAAUGCUUACAGUUUUUAUUAAAACUGAAAAUAUGAAAUUCCUGUUUCGUAAGGUCCCUAUUUAAUGUGGCCAGUUCUGAGCAGGAGAAGGAACGGAUGGAUUUAAGUAGUUUCUCGCCUUAUCCAGGGCGGGAGAAAUACCUAACUUCACGAUAUUCCAUCCUAACAAAAAAAAACAUACAUAAUUAAUUAUAACAAAUUUGCUUGAAAAUUUCAGUUGUACAUAUAUUUUCUGACUAUCUCACAAAAAUAAUUCCAUAAAAUAAUAUACAUAGUUUAUUAUUAAUGUCAAAAGUAUUUAUAAUAAAAUAAAAUAAAAAUAAUUAUUAUUAUGAAAUAAAGAAUUAGUGUCGUAUGUUUCUCGUUUGUAAAUAAUGUAUCGAUGACUGUUGUGUAAAGAGUUUGAUUCCAGUUUGUGUAAUGUUACGUUGGAUGUUAUUUGUAUUGUUUUUUUUGUAAGACGAGGUGGCUUUGUGUUGGGACAUUACGUUUUGGGAAAGUUUAAAGUUGAAUUUGCUUUAGAUUUUGGCCCGUAUUUUUUAUUGUUAUUUUUUCAUUAUACACUUUAAAGUAUGCAUUUAACGCUAUUAAUGUUUAGUAUGUAGCGGAUUUGCAUUUCUGUCAGCUUUGAUUAUUGUUUUUAAAAAACCAUAGCUUACCAUUCUAUGACAAACAUUAACUUUUAAUACAAGGACGGACAAGAUUAUAAUGUAAUGCAAAUCUAUCCAAUAAACGGUUUUGUCUCAACACCGACGAAGCUGCCUAAAUAUUAUUAUUACACCAUACAUAGCUAGCCAUAGAACGCUAUAUUUAGUUCUAAAAUAUCAUUGUAAAGUUUAUAUUAUAUAACGUUCGGGAAUCUCGUUCCAACCCCAAAACUUGUUACAUACUCAUUUUUGUAUGAUUUGUAAAUAAGUACACGAUUUUUUGUUCCACAUAUCAGGUAGGGGGCGCCACCGUGUAUGUAAAUACAAAGCUCAUGUAAAUAUUAACGUUAUGUUUCUGUAAUUGCAUUUAUUAUCACGAAGGGUGGGUUAUGAUUGGAGAGCGGUUUAGAGCAUUCUGGUCUUACUGUCAAAUACUCAGAAAUUAAGAUUGGUAACUCGAGAUAAAUUAAAAUGUGUCGUCGAGUGGGUGUACAAGACCAGUUUGAAUUCGCGCAGAGAUUAUUUGUGCCAAAUAUGCACAAAGUGCACAGAUGUGUUGGAGACUUGUUCAUAAGCGAUGGCUUUAGAGCUAAUAGCAAUAUUGUUUGCCUUACUUUGCAUAUGAAGGGAAUGCUAUAUGCUUGGAAUAGCGGCGACUGUGGAGUGGUACACAAAGGAGUUUGGAAUCAAUUAGUAUGUCGUAUAAAGGUUAAAACUACUUCAGAGUUCGCCCGCGCAUAGUAGACGUUGGCUUGGCUUCAACAAGACGUAAAAAAUGAAGCCUAUUGCUGUACGUUACGCCUCAAGUGCAAUAUAUCAUGUUAUAUUAUUCAAGUUUGCACUCAUUUUAAAAAUUUUGUGAUUACAAUGACUGAUUUUUAUGUUUGUAGUUAGCGCGUUUAGUAUUUGAAUUGUGACCGUUUUAUUACAUUGCGUUGAGUUGUUAUUUACGUUGAUUCAAUGUACGGCAGUAGGCUGAGGAACUUGUGACAGUGCACUUGCGUACCAUCAAAUAAAGAGA